AUGAAAAUUGCACUUCUCACUUUGCUGGCCGACGCUACCGCGGGGGCGGCAGGCCUAAGAUACGUGAUGUAUUACGAUCAGUAUCACAAUUUGUCGCUUCCUGACCCGUCCCUUGUAUCGGAGGUUACCCACGCCGUUGUAGCUUUCGCCACCCCCGAAACAUUUCUUGACAGCGCGAACACAUCAACGUGGCAGCCAUUCGAGGCGGUAGACAGUGUCAAGAGAAGGUUCUCGCCGAACACCAAGGUUUGCCUGAGUAUCGGUGGCUGGGGCAGCAACGUCGGGUUUGAGAAAGGCUCGCUUCCUGCAAACCAGGCGAGCUAUGCGAGCAACGUCGCGAGUGUCAUCCAACGUCUUAAUUUUGACUGUGUUGACAUCGACUGGGAAUAUCCUGGUGGCGGCGGCGCUGAAUACAAACUUGGAAAUGCUGCGAGCUCAAGCGAGGAACAGAUCAAGAACUACCCUUCAUUCUUGGGAGCUAUUAAGGGAGCCAUCGGGGGUGGGAAGGAGUUGAGCAUCGCAGUGCCGGGGCUUGAUGCGGACAUGGGCGCGUUCACACCAGCCACCUGCCAGGCUAUCUUGCCAUUCGUUGACUUCGUCAACGUCAUGUCGUACGACUUAAUGAACCGCCGCUCAACAUUGACUCAGCAUCACGCUUCCGUGACUGGAAGCAAACAGAGCAUGAAUGCGUACAUCAAGAACGGAAUACCAGCUGCGAAAUUGAACCUAGGCUUCCCCUUCUACGCGAAAUGGUUCACGCUCCAGGCCGGGGCUAAUUGCCAGAACCCCGUGGGAUGUGCCGUCGGGGCUUUCGAGAACGCGGACGGAUCGGACAAUGGAAUGUCUGGAGUCUUCACCUUUGAAAACUUCAAUCUCGGGAAGCCACCGGGUGACGCGCAAGUUUCAGUGAAUGGACGGUGCGGCGUCGUCGACGGCAAGCAUUUCAAAUGUCCUUAUGGAGCUUGCUGCAGCUCUUCGAUGUACUGGUAA